UAGAAUUUGUAGGAUUUUCUAGAACUUGCGCAAGAUUCAUAACUGUUAACUUAAACCUGCUUGUUUGAAGCAUCUAACAGUGUUUUUUUUACCCUUUUUCACAGGAAAUUUCUUAUCAAAGAUCCUCCUAGCCAAGACUACCUCUGUUUGCGUUUGCCAUGGAUCCUGAAGACCAGGCUGUGGGGCGGGCAGUUUUGUCCUGGGCUCGCUUUAACUCGACUGGAGAGACUGCCCUAAUGGAAACCUUAAAAGUGUUCAACCCCAUUUCAAAGGAUCUGACGGACAGUGAGCAGCAGAUGGUGUCUUUUCUGCAGGAGCUGCGAGAAGAAGGACACAAACCGCUCGUUCUAAAGAGCAAAGACGUGUACGGUUACAGGUCCUGUACAGCAGAGCCUCUUACACUUGACAGUGAGACCGCAGCUCAGUGCAGGAUGUCAAAACCGACGAAAAGGAGGGGUCGGAAACCCCUCGUUAAGAAGAAGGAAGUAAACUAUGCACUCCUAAGCUCAGUAGCUAAAGUAAUCCUGAAAGAUCAACCCAAGAUCCUGUUGACAAACCUCUCAGUCGAUGCUCUUAAAGACAGAAUGAAUCACAGAGAACAUCGUCAGCUGGGAGUACCUGCGCAUAGCCAGUGUCUGAAGCUAACAAACAUUCAGGGGUUGUUGGGAGGAAGCCCCACUGCUAGACUGCAGAUACAAACGGAAACUCAUAACAUGGCUCAGUCCACCAGCUGCCCCUCCACUUUGUCAGGUGUGCACAGGCAGAGAGAUAGUUGUCUCCGGAAAGUUGUCAAGGUAGAUGGGUCAUUCACAGAUGACGAGGUCAGAAGAAAGGCCCAGCAAAUCUACCAAGUUAAUUUAUCUCCAGUCAUACAAAUCCAGCCACUAUUUGUAAAACGUGUGUAGAAUUUAGCAGAUAUGCAGCAACUAUUUGCCUUUUUUCGCCCCAAUUGUUUUCCUAACUGAAGAUGUUUUUGGAGUAACGCUGUGAAUAAUUGUAAAUGUAGCCUACAGCAGGUAGGAUUUUGACAAGGGAUUGAACUCUGAGGCUUUGUUGUCCAUGAAUUGAUUGCCUCAUUUCCUCUAUUUAAAGGAUGAUGACUGUUAUCUGAAGUGAAUGGAGAUUUUGGUUUCUGCUGCUGGCAAGUGACAUUUUUUUGGAAUGUUAAUAGUUUAAUCCUUUAUUUUUAUUUAUUUUUUUAGUUGCUCUUUUGUCCUGGAGGACUCUCCAUUUAGUGUUAUUUUUCUAUUUAUACUAUUAGUUUGUUGAAGUCAGGCUUUUUAUGUGUUGAUUUGUACAGGUCCUCUUUAGUGGUCUGUUUUUCUGUGAACAAACUUAUUUUAAGGCCCCCCCCCCCUUUACAUUAAAGAGCAAAAAAGGUUUCUAUGAUCUUUGAAAUACAAAUGCUCUGAUUUAUGUUUUUGUGUCAAUCACCUAAGUAAGACCUUUUGCUAGGAAGUUGACCUUUUCAAAUUAUACUUUGGGAUGUCUUCAAAAAUUGUUUUCGUCAAAAUGUUUUGAGUUUCCCCAGAACCAAUCCCAUAUACGUAUGGAGACUUAUGGACACAGUACACCAAUGUCCUCUGUAUCUAGUUUGGAGCACUGUUGGUCAGUACACAUUUUUUUCAAUAAGUGCCAACCUGUGUUGACCUUGUAGCCUACAUCUAACUAUGUGUAGACCAGUUCUGUAAACUUAUCUUGCCUUUGGAUUGAUAAAAGUUUGGUCACUGAACUAUUAAAAUGCUCUUUAGUGCGGAACACC